AAAAUGUCACUCACUUAUUCUACAUUUAUUUACUGAAUGCUGUUUAAAAGAAUUCUCUAAAAAAUAAAUACGUGGCUCAUUUUAAAUAUUAUAAAAAGUUCGAGACAAGAAAUAAAACCAGGUUAAGUACCAGGAAUAUGUCUUUAUUGUGCAUAUUAUUUACGGGCUUAGCCAUUGUAAUAGCGUUUAUUUUAGUGCUCUUUGUAGUGCAAAGACUUGUAACCACUCCAUUACCAAUUAUAAAAAGGCAUAAAAAGGAACAACGUUACUUUGAUCCUGUCAUCGUCAGCGAUGCAGAAUUUCCAAGCAUAGAAGAGGAACCAUCCUUGGAUUUAAGUGUUAUUAUACCGGCCUUUAAUGAGGAGAAACGCCUGCCAAUUAUGCUCGAUGAAUGCUUGGAAUUUCUUGAGGAAAAAUCUGAAGAAAGUUCUUUUACAUACGAAGUAAUUGUCGUAAGUGACGGUAGUUCGGAUGGCACCAUUUCAGUGGCAUUACAAUACAGCGAACGUCACACGACUGACAAGUUUAGGGUGAUGGAAUUGAUUGAGAAUCGUGGCAAAGGUGGAGCGGUACGUAUGGGCAUGUUAAGUGCUCGUGGUCGUCAUUUACUUUUCGCUGACGCAGACGGUGCUACAAAGUUUUCAGAUUAUGGUAAACUGGAUGUCACUCUCAGAGAUAUAACAAAAAACUGGCAAGAAGAUGCUAUUGUGAUUGGUUCACGUGCUCACUUAGAGGAAGAAGCCAUAGCCUCUAGAAGUUUGUUUCGAACUUUUCUAAUGUAUGGUUUUCAUUUUCUGGUAUGGCUUUUUGCUGUUCGUUCAGUCAGAGACACUCAAUGCGGCUUUAAAUUACUUACUAGACCGGCAGCCCGAAAGUUAUUUAAUAUUUUACAUGUAGAAAGAUGGGCUUUCGAUGUUGAACUGUUAUACAUAGCGGAACGUUUGAAUAUACCUAUCCGGGAAGUUGCGGUGAAUUGGAAAGAAAUUGAAGGUUCCAAAUUGACUCCGUUCUGGUCUUGGUUGCAAAUGGGCGUCGAUUUGUUUUUGAUAUGGUUUCGCUACACCAUCGGUGCGUGGCGAGUUGACCUGAAACCACAUAGAAAUUGAAUCGCAGAGAAAAAGUGAAGAGCAUAUUUUAUCAUUGCUUAUUAUCUAAUAUUCUUUUUAAGUUUUCUUUGUAUCACUUAAGCCUAAAAUAAUUUUUUAAUCUCUUUUAUGAUUAUGUUUUUACUGUUUAAACGGAAUAGCUUUUACAAUUGAAAUAGCACAUUUUUGCAUUCGCAUUUAAUAGAAUUUAAAAAUGUAUAUUAAAGUAAAGACAAAAUAUUUUUUGAAAACUAAAAAAAUUAAGUGUGGUAGCAGCUUUCUUAAAGAAACAUAAGUGCAAAACGUAACAAAGGUUUCUGUAUUUUCACAGUUAGGAGUUUCUCUGUGUUUACUAUUAACCGCCAUAAAUCAAAAGUAUUUUCCUUAUGUGUUUCUCCGCUAUUAAUUUAAGUAAUAUUUAAAAUUUUUUUUAUACCCCUCUAUUCGUAAAAAGUCACUUAUUUUAGAUCACAUGCUUUUAACUAAGAAUUUGUUUACGUGCUUGUAAAAUAAAUACUUAUUUCAA